UUGACUACCUAGGAGGGACAACGAAGCACGCGCGCAGGGGUGUUCCUCGCCGUCGCUGCAGGGCGCCCACACUCACCGCGAUGGAGUUCGAGUGCCUGUCGGACGACGUGCUGCUGCACAUCUUCUCCUUCCUGGAGGACGGCCUGUUCCUGCUGGACGUGGUGCCGCUGGUGUGCAAGCGCUGGCACCGCCUGGCCCGCGAGCCGGACGCGUGGCGCGGCGUGGAGGUCAAGGAGGAGGACCUGUACAACUACGACGACCACGACAUGGCGCGGCUGGUGCUGCACGCGCCGUUCCUCCGCCACGCCAUCCGGUACUCGUUCCCGGAGGGCUCGGCCGCGAGCGAGGCCCUGCGCCGCAGCGGUGUCGUGGCGCGAGAGUUCCACUGCUGCUGCGUCGGCAUGGACCACGACUUCCGCGACGACCGCACCGCCGUGCUGGACCUCCUGUACCGCAGCCGCCACUACUGCCGACGCGUCUCCGUGUCAGUGACCGGCCCCGGCGGCGAGGACACCUCGGACAGCCAGGGGCGCUCCGCUCUGCAGGUCCUCGCCUCGCUCCGCGCGCUGGAGGACCUCGACCUCUACAACUGCAGCAAUGGGAUGUUCCCCUACGCCGGCGAGCUGGCCGCCGGUCUGCCGCGGCUCCGCUACCUGGGCUUCUUCAUGGACGUAUUCCCGGAGGCCCUCAUGGCGGACCUGAUCCGCGGCUCGUCGGCCACGCUGCGCGCCCUGGUGCUCUUCGGCAUCGAGUCCCUGGCGCCCUCGGUGGAGGAGAGCCUGUCGCGCUGCACGGAGCUGGCGGACCUGCGCAUCUGGGAGGGCUGCCUGUCGCAAGUGUGCCGGUGCUGGCUGCCGUCGCUGCGCCGCCUGUCCGUCACCUUCACCGUGGACGGCGAGGACGACGACGACGCCCUGGACAACGCGGCGCUCUUCGGCAGCAUCCUGGACCGGUGCACCCGCCUCCCCGACUCGCUCCGGAAGAUCACCGUCAAGGCCCUCGGCAACACCGGCAACGGGCGCCUCUUCCGCGAGAAGUGCGAACGGCUCGUGUCCUCCUUCCAGAGGCGGAGGCCUCGCGUGGCCGUGUGCGUGCCGUGAGGUCGGAGCGGAGUCGUUCUCACCGCGCACAGCGCGUCGGGGAAAGAUGAGGAGCCGAGUCGGAACAAAAAACGGAAAGAGCACGCUCAGAACCGUCAAAUGGGGAAACUGGGGCAACUUGAGACGCGCGUGAAACGACGUGUUUGGUCACAAAGAAGGCUGCAUGGAAAACCAAUGCUCUUUACGCACUGAAAAUCUAUCGGCGUGACUUCGUGCCGCUGCAGGGGCGUGAAUUAAGUGUCACGCCAUUUAACGGCAUGACAGAAAAGUCACGCCAAAAGUCGGUGUGACUGAAAAAUUCACGCCAAUUU